UUCUCAGAUACCCCAUGGUGCACUCCCAUCAAAGUUAAAAACGGACAUGCUACCUGUUCAAGCCCUACCCGAUCUUAUUAUAAAACUGUGAAAGGGACUCGGUGCAACAUCCACUGUCAGAAAGGCUAUGAACUAAGUGGAGCAUCUGAAGUUGUCUGCCAGGCAGAUAAACGCUGGUCUGGCAAGUACGUAUGUAAGCAAAAAAGAUGUGCACCUCUCACAAUGCCAGUAAAUGGAGGGUUUAAAUGUACAGAUGGGGCAUACUUUAACUCCAGAUGUGAAUAUUAUUGCUCACCUGGCUACCAGCUAAAAGGAGACAGAGUUGUAACCUGCAUGGACAGCAAAAACUGGAGUGGAAGAGCAGCAACUUGUGUAGAUUUAGAGCCACCAAGGAUUCAAUGUCCAAGUGUAAAGGAGAAAAUAGCAGAGCCUAAUAAACUGACUGCAAAAGUUUUCUGGGACACUCCCGAGGGACGAGACACAGCAGAUGGAAUUUUAACAGAUGUGACAUUAAAAGGUCUGCCAUCGGGGUCAGAAUUCCCAGAAGGAGACCACAGAAUCCAGUACACGGUGUAUGAUAGAGCAGAGAACAAAGCAUCAUGUAAAUUUAAUGUGCGAGUCAGAGUCAGGCGCUGUGCUAAGCUGAAUGCCCCAGAGAAUGGGUACAUUAAGUGUUCUGGAGCUGGCGAUAACUAUGGUGCAACCUGUGAUUAUUUUUGUGUUGGUGGUUAUGAACUCCAAGGGAGUCCAGCACGUGUGUGCCAGUUCAAUUCAGAGUGGACAGGGACUGAACCAACAUGUUCCUUUAUGAAAAUCAAUGUCGUACUGAGAAAUGCAGUUGAAUUUCUCGAUCAGUUUUAUGAAAAACGAAGAAUAGUUGUAUUGUCAACACCAACAGCUGCAGAUUUUUACUACAGAUUACAAGUUGGAACACUUCAGCAAGCCCAGUGUGGCUUGGACAUACGGCAUGUGACAGUCAUUGAAUUAUUUGGUGUAUAUCCAACAUACAUUGGAAGAAUAGGACGCAUGCUACUUCCCCCAGCACUAGGACUACAACUCAGAUUGCUGCUACGGAUUCCUGAGAACCGAUAUCAGAUGGUGGUUUUAGAUAAACAUGGAGUAGACAAAGAACGCUACAUCAUGCCUAUCAACAAUUCCGAUCUCUUCACACUCAUUGAUACCUUCCCACUUCGAAAAGAUGAGAUGAAAUUUCAAGCUGAAUUUGGCCACACAUGUAACUGA